AUGAGGUUCAUUUCACUCCUUUGCGCAGCACCUUUGGUGUCUGCAAGCAUCAUUCCCGUUCCCGUUCACCAUGCGCUAGACUCUCGAGAUGCGGCGGACAAUGAAACUGCACAGGCAGCCCCAAAAGCCAACAAGCGCUUCAGCCUAGGCGAGGUGCCAAAUGUCGACUACAGGGGCGGCGAUGCCCCUCUCGAGCUCAUCAAGGCCCAUACUAAAUACCAGAGCGAGCUACCUCCGUGGUUGCGGAGCGUGGUUGAGUCCAACCCCGACUUGUCCAGCAAAUUCAAGAGCUACCUGCAGAUGGGAGGAGAUGCUGGCAUGACUGGCACUGUGUCGGCAAGCCCUCCUGCUUUCUACGAUAUCCAAUACGUCGUCCCAGCAGACAUUGGCAUGCCCCCUCAACAGACGUUCCUCAACCUCGACACAGGGUCUUCCGAUUUUUCCGACACAUAUCAGCCGCAAGUUCGCAAUCAGAUUCUGUAUCGACCGCAGGAUUCCUCAACCAGCAAGCUUCUGAACGGCGAAUCAUGGUCCAUCCGCUACGGCGACGGUGCGGGAGCGUCGGGCAUCGUAUACCAGGACCGCGUCGCACUCGGCGACGUCCACUUUGACCAGCAGGCUGUCCAGUCAGCCGUGCAGGUCUCCGCUGCCCUCACUGGGGACUCCUUCUCCUCUGGGAUCAUGGGCAUGUCAUUCACCUCGGGCGCCAACACCGUGCGCCCGACCAAGCAAAGGACAUUUGCCGAGAACAUACGCGACGAGCUCGAGUCGCCCGUGUUCACGGUCAACCUGCAAAAGGGCCGGCCCGGCAACUACAACUUUGGCUACAUUGACGAGUCGGAGCACACGGGGGAGAUUGCGUACACCAAGAUUGCGGACAACACGGCCUUCUGGAAGGUCCCCAUUGCCGGCUACCAGGUGGGCGACCGCACGUAUCGUGAAUACGCGUGGGAGGGAAUCGUGGACACGGGCACCACCCUGCUCCUCGUCCCGGAUGAGAUAGUCAACGACUACUACUCGGCCGUCUCCGGUGCCCGGUACGACACCAGCAUUGGCAUGGUGGUCUUCCCCUGCGACGCGUCCGUCCCGGAUUUCAAGUUCGGGUUCGGUGACUAUAGGGGCGUCAUUCCCGGCAACUACGUCCGCUAUGGCCAAUAUUCUGGCGGCGACUGCUUUGGAGGUAUUCAGUCAAGCGAGGGCAUCGGCAUGGCGAUUAUUGGGGAUAUCCUCAUCAAGGCGCAGCUGGUGGUGUUUGACAUGGGCAACAGCACCGUGGGCUUUGCUAACAAGCAGCUUUCCUCUGACUGA